CUUGUCGGGAGGGAGGCUCAUACCAGGAGUUAUCUUAUGUUUAUUCGUAUGACGUCUCUUUGCCAACAUGCAUGUGGAUCUUGGUUGUAGGGGACUGAAGACAGCGUGGUUGAGGAUAAAGGAGGUAUGUCCGUGUUUCUGUUGUAUUUGAUUCUCCUGUAUAUAUUGCCACAAUGGGAAUUCAAGGACUCAUGGGCUAUGUUGGAUCCAAAAAGUAUUGCUUUCAUGAUCUACAGUUAAGAAACACAAAGAUAAUUAUCGAUGGCAAUAAUCUUUACCACAGGCUGUACUUUGAGUCAGGACUGGAUUUAAUAUGUGGAGGAGAUUAUCGUUUAUUCACUGACGCUGUGCAUAAAUUCUUUGAAAGUCUAUCUGUAUGUGAGAUACAUGCCUAUGUUGUGUUUGAUGGCGGCUGCGAUAUCUCUGACAAAAAGUUUGAGACACUCAAACAACGCGCAAAGGAAAAGAUCAUAAUGGCGCACAGCUUGUCUAAAGGAGAAGGUGGAAGUGUAUUGCCUUUGCUGGUUAGGGAAGUCUUUAUACAGGUGCUGGAAAAGAUGGAAGUGCCCUUUGUUCAGUGCUUUGCAGAAGCAGACAGAGAAUUAGUGGUGCUGGCUAAUCUUUGGAAGUGCCCGGUGCUGACAUUUGACAGUGACUUUUGUAUCUUUGAUCUGAAGGCUGGCUUCUGCCCCUUGAAUUCCUUUCAGUGGAGGAAUAUUGUCACCGCAAAAGAAAAGAAUGAAUGUUUCAUACCAGCCAAGUGUUACUCAGCUCAACAGUUCUGCAAGCACUUUAACAACAUGAACAUGUCACUAUUGCCUCUCUUUGCUGUUCUAGUAGGCAAUGAUUAUAUUAAUCUACCAGCUUUAGAAAGGUUUUUCAGCCAAGUUCAUUUACCCAUUGGAAACUCAUGCCACAGUGGCAGAAAGCACGUGCGCAUACAAGGCCUCUUACACUGGCUUUCUGCUUUUGCUGAUGCAGAGGAGGCCAUGCACAAUGUGCUCAUAUACCUUAAGGCUCAGGAUCGUGACACGGUCAGACAGCUUCUUUGUUCAGCUAUGGAGGAGUACAGUCUGUCUGAUACUGUUAACCUUGAGCAUUUCUUUCAGAAGGGUAUUUAUAGUUCUCCAGCUGCAGUUAUGUCGAAGCUGCCGAAUUGGGUGCAAAGAUCAUUAGCCAGAGGCCAGAUAUCUCCAUUACUUAGAGAUGCCCUGGUACUACAGAGGUCAUUCCUUCAUUCACAGGUUGAGGAUAUGAAAAAGCCAUCUGCUCAUUUGAUAACAAAACCAAUUCGUAGAGUUAUCUAUGGGAUGCUGCUGACGCCAACCAACAAGAGCAAUGAGCCUCCUUUUAAAGGAUUGAUUGUUGAAUUUGAUAGACUGGAGAAAAGUCUGAGAAAAUCCACUCUGGAGGCAGACACUCACUGGAACCUAGCUGAAAAUCUUUCAUUGGCCAAUCUUCCAGAGGCUCCUACACAAAUACGCCUAAAGCUGCUCCUGGACACACUGGAAAUAAAGACAGCCAUUCUGGCAUCUGUGCCCCCUGCCCACCACCUUCCAGUUGCAGUCACUUGUUAUUGGGUCAGAUAUGCUGAUCCCAAGGUUAAGCUGCAUCACCUAAAAGCCCUUCUGAUGGGAUCAGUGUGUGGAGAAUUGUAUGAUAUGUUCCUCACAGCAGAGGGGAAUAGUAAGGACAUCCUAUAUGUGCAUGAGCAGCUGCAGAAAAUAAUACAAGGGAAUCCAUGCCGAAAGAUCCCAAACAAGGAAGACAUGCACAUAUUCUGCCAGUGGCAAUGCUGCCUUCAGGUGGGACUGCAUUUUAAUCAGCUCCUAUGUACACCACUGCUACAUCCCAACAUCAAAAGACUUUACAAUGGCACUCUCGUUCACCUUUUGUGUCAGAAACUGAAGAGCUCACCCUCAAUAGAAGACCUUUUUAGCCCAUGUCCACCACUGAAAAUGCUGUACCAACAAAUGCUGGAAGCUGUAAUAUUAGCUGUACCGGAGGAUUGCUUUAAGAGCAGGACUGUGUCUAGCACACACAAAUCAAAGAUGGGAAAGAAAAGGAACAGAAAGGUAGAGAGUAAAGAAGUGCACCUUGCUGUGGAAAAUCAGCCUAUCUAUGAAGUUACGAACAGAUUUGUAAGUCUCAGGCUUGAAGAAUAACCGUAUCCCAGCAAACUGAUCUGUCAUAAUUACGUCCAUCCUUCCAACGCCUGUCUGCCAGUAAACACAUAAUAAUUAACCAAAGUAUACUGCACUUGCAGGACUUCCUCACGGAAGGUCACAAUAUGGCACCAAAAUUUUGGACUACACAAUAAACCACAAUAUUGCAUUUUG